CGUUAUGAAUGUUGCUGCUCUUGUAUUCUAGUAAUACCCACUGCUUUUGCUUUCUCAUUCUCAACAGAGAGAGAAAAAACACCGCAUUUCCACCACCACCUCCGCCGUUAAUCUUCGCCGCUCCGCCACUCUCUUCACCAACCUCCAACUCUUUCUCAUUCCUCAUUAUCACUUUUUUUUCCAGCUUCCUGCUCAACUCACGCCUUCAAAGUACAGAAAAUUAAGCUCAUUUUCCACGCUUCAAACUGUUGUACUUUUCGCUGAAAGCUCUACUUUCAAGCUUUUCUUCGAAGUAGAACUCCUUACUUUACUAUUCUUCUCAAUUUCAAUUCCAACAAAUGUACAGUUGAUUUUUGAAAGAGAAAAAAAAAACUACCCAGCUGGUUAAUUACUAAUUCUGACACAUACUAAAAAUGUAACUCUAUUUUUUGGAAUGUAGCUUAUUUUUAAUUUAUUUAUUAAAAAUUAGGAGAAUCUGUAACGGCGGUUGAGUAUUUUAUAUACAAAGAGUUUUUUUUCUGGUUUGAGGCGGAGAACUUGAUGGUUUACUAUGAAGAAUUUCAAUUGGUUUAAGCAAAUUGCGAAUAAUGGGAAAUUAGAGAGGCGACUUUCAUUGGGUGAGUACAAGCGAGCAGCGUCAUGGUCCAAGUAUAUAGUAUCAUCAGGGGCGGCGAUAAAGGGAGAAGGAGAGGAGGAAUGGAGUGCCGAUAUGUCGCAGCUGUAUAUUGGGAAUAAAUUUGCUUCAGGAAGGCAUAGCAGGAUUUAUAGGGGAAUUUACAAGCACGGGGAAGUGGCUAUUAAGCUUAUUAGCCAACCUGAAGAAGAUGGAGAUUUGGCUACUUUUCUCGAGAAGCAGUUUACUUCUGAAGUUGCUUUGUUGCUUCGGUUAAAGCAUCCAAAUAUCAUCACUUUUAUUGCAGCAUGUAAGAAACCACCAGUGUUUUGCAUUAUCACCGAGUACGUACCUGGAGGCUCCCUUAGAAAGUACCUCCAUCAGCAGGAGCCGUACUCCGUCUCUCUCAAUCUUGUUGUGAAAUUGGCCCUUGACAUUGCACAUGGGAUGCAGUAUCUUCAUGCCGAAGGGAUACUUCACAGAGAUCUGAAAUCGGAAAAUCUACUCCUUGAUGAGGAUAUGUGUGUGAAAGUUGCAGAUUUCGGGAUAUCAUGUUUAGAAUCUCAAUGUGGUAGUGCAAAGGGGUUCACCGGUACAUACCGGUGGAUGGCACCAGAAAUGAUCCAGGAAAAGAACCACACAAAGAAGGUUGAUGUGUAUAGUUUCGGUAUUGUCCUAUGGGAACUUUUGACUGCAUUGACACCAUUUGAUGACAUGACCCCCGAGCAGGCGGCCUUUGCAGUCUGCCAGAAGAAAGCAAGACCACCAAUACCUGCUGCAUGUCCAUCAGCAGUUCGGAAACUCAUUAAACGGUGCUGGGCAAACAAUCCUCACAAGAGGCCACAUUUUGAGGAGAUUGUAACUGUUCUUGAAAGUUAUGCGGAGGCGCUUGAGCAGGAUCCUGAUUUUUUCCAAUCCUACCAGCCCCCUCGGAAUUUUAACUUGUCGCGAUGCUUGCCUAAUUGCAACAGAUCAGAUUCUGCUAAGGCAUAGGAAAUUCCAGAAUAUGUAUCUUAUUAUGUUAUCCUGGGUGACCAAAAUUAUCCCCAGGACCCCAAUCCCAAUGUGAAGUGUAUCAUAUUUUUUCUUAAGUUCUCACUUCUCAGUAUUAGUAAUGUUAUUGUUGUAAACUUACUAAGCCGCUGUUUGAAUAUUUCGACAUUUGUUUUUGCUUGAAACUUGGAUCAGGAUUUUACAAGGAGAAUCCUGUUUGUGUUUGCAAUUCACACCUUUGUUCUUUUUCUAA